AUGGUUGGUCACCUCUUGUUUUAUGUAAAUGGGAAAGAAAUUCUUGAGCGUAAUGUUGAACCUGAAUGGAAUCUUCUUUGGUAUUUAAGAAAUAAAUUAAGAUUGACUGGUUCGAAAUUAGGUUGUGGUGAAGGUGGUUGUGGAGCUUGUACAGUCCUAAUUUCACGAUGUAUUGAUCGCAAUUCUGGUGAAAUCGAACAUCGAACAAUAAAUGCCUGUUUAGCACCUGUAUGCUCGGUUGAUGGAUGUCAUGUUGUCACUGUGGAAGGGUUAGGCUCAACUAGUAAAUCAAACCUUCAUCCUACUCAAAUACGUCUUGCACAAUUAUUUGCUUCACAAUGUGGUUUUUGUACGCCAGGUAUGGUCAUGUCUUUAUAUGGAACAGUUACAUCAAAAGAUAAUUCAUUACCAACAAUGGAAGAUAUUGAGGAAGCUUUUGAUGGAAAUCUUUGCCGAUGUACUGGGUAUCGUCCGAUUCUUGAUGCUGCAAAAACGUUUGCAUGUGAUAUUAAUAAACUAGAUUAUCAAAAAUCUUCAUCACCAAGAGUAUCAACUACAUUCGAUAAGUGUUUCUCGUAUGCUCAUCAAACUACAUCACCAAUCAAUCGAGUUCCAUUUCCUGACAAACUUCGAGAUUAUAUUCCCCAAUCCAUUCAUAUAAAAGGUACUUCAUUUGAAUGGUAUCGUCCAAUAUCAUUGAAUGAACUGAUUCAACUCCGUCAUAGUUAUCCAGGUAAUCAAUCCAAACUUAUUUUCGGUAAUACAAGAGUAGAAUUUGAAAGAAAAUAUAAUCAAAUGAAUUGUUCUUGCUUGAUAUCAAUCACACAUAUUAGAGAAUUACAAGAACUAAAACGAACCGAUGAUUCAUUAUAUAUUGGAGCCGGUGUUACAUUUGCACGUUUAAAAUCUAAAUUAAUUCAAUGGAAAAAUGAAGAUAAGUUUUGUCGAGCUUUACUCGAUCAAAUGAAACAUUUUGCAUCAACACAAAUUCGAAAUGUUGCUUCAAUUGGUGGAAAUAUAGUUUCUGCUUCACCUAUUUCGGAUAUCAAUCCUGUAUUAGAAGCUGCAGGUGCUAUACUUGAAUUGAAUUGUGCUGAUAAUGAAAAAGUACGUCAAAUUCAAUUGUGUGACUUUUUUCUUGGUAAUCGUCAUGUUUCAAUGGCAGAUAAUGAAAUUCUUAUUGCCAUCCAUAUUCCUCUUGAAAAAUCAUCAAAUAAAUAUUUUCUACGUUCAUAUAAACAAGCUCGUCGUCGAGAUGAUUCAAAAGGAAUUGUUAGUGCUGCAUUUAAAGUUGAACUUGAAAAAUUGAAUUUAGCUGAUAAUCAAUGGAAAAUUGUUUCAGUUUGUUUUUCAUUUGGUGGAAUGGCAUCAAAAACUAUUUCAGCAAAAAAUACUCAACAACAAUUAAUCGGAUUGUCAUGGACAAAACAAACGAUUAAUCAAGCAUAUGAAUUACUUAUUAAAGAAAUAUCACUCGAUGAAUUAAGUCCAGGUGGUCAAUAUCAAUACAGACGAACAUUAAUGCAAUCAUUUCUCUUUAAAUUUUAUUCAUAUGUAUGUAAUGAAUUACGUGAGUCAGUAAUUGAUUCUGUUGAUUUUUCUUAUCAUCGAGGAAUAUCUCAUGGUCAACAGACAAUACCUGAACGACCUCAAACCCAAAAAUAUGUUGGUAGUUCAUUAUCACAUCAAUCUGCUUAUUUACAUACAACAGGAGAAGCUAUAUAUGUAGAUGAUAUGCCAUCAUAUAUCAAUACACUUUAUGCUGCACCUGUACUUAGUACAAAAGCAAAUGCACGAAUAAAACACAUUGAUAUUGACGAUGCUUCAAAAGUUGCAGGUUUUGUAUCAUUUGUUAACUAUACUGAUGUACCAAAUUCGAAUAAAUUGGGUAAUAUUUUACCUGAUGAAGAAGUAUUUGUAUCAUCGAUUGCACUUUGUGUUGGUGCUAUUAUUGGUCUUGUUGUUUGUGAAUCUGAACAUGCAGCUAAAUUAGCUGCAAAUCUUGUUAAAAUUGAUUAUGAGUUAUUACCACUAAGAAUUUUUUCUAUUGAAGAUGCUAUUGAUCAUCAGUCUUAUUUUGGAGAUGAAAUUUGUCUUCAAAGAGGUGAUGUUGAGAAAGUUUUUUUGGAUGCUGAACACGUUUUAGAGGAUACAUUAUUUAUUGGCGGUCAAGAACAUUUUUAUAUGGAAACACAGUCGUGUAUGGUUGUACCAUCAAAUGAUGAUCAAGAAAUAAAUAUAUAUGUGGGGACACAAAAUCUAACUACUACUCAAGAAUUAAUAGCAUUAGUACUCGGUCGAGAUGUUAAUCGUAUAACAUGUCAUGUCAAAAGAGUUGGUGGAGCAUUUGGUGGAAAAGAGACAAGAUCUUUACCCCUAUGUGCUGCUGCAGCAGUAGCUGCUGUUAAACUUGGUCGUCCUGUUCGAUUUAAUCUUGAACGUCGUGUCGAUAUGUCAAUAACUGGACAUCGACAUCCAUUUAAAAUUAAAUAUAAAAUAGCAUUCAAUAAUGAAGGUCGGUUUUUAGGACUUGAUAUGCAAAUGUGGAGUAAUGCUGGUUGUACAUUGGAUGCAUCACAAUAUGUUAUGGAACUCUCUAUGCUACAUAUGGGGAAUACAUAUAAAUUUCCUAAUAUUAGAAUUCGUGGUCGUGUUUGUAAAACACAUUUACCAUCAAACACUGCUUUUCGUGGUUUUGGUGGACCGCAAGCUAUGUUAGCGUGUGAAACAAUCAUAGAACAUAUUGCUGCAUACCUUAAAUGUGAUCCAUUCACUAUUCGUUGUCUUAAUUUAUUCAAAGAAGGUGAUGUUACUCAUUAUGGACAGAUUUUAGAACUAUGGAAUGUUCCAAGAAUUUUGGAUGAACUUACUAAAUCAAGUGAUUUUAUUCAAAGACAAUUCAAUGUUAGAGAAUUUAAUCGAAAAAAUAUGUAUCGAAAACGUGGUAUAAGUAUGAUACCAGUUAAAUUUGGCAUUGGUUUUACAGCUCAAUUUCUAAAUCAGGCAGGAGCUCUUGUACAUGUCUACAAAGAUGGUUCAGUAAUACUUACCCAUGGAGGCAUAGAAAUGGGUCAAGGUUUACAUACAAAAAUGAUAGCAAUAGCUGCUGAAAUAUUAGCUUGUGAUAUUGAUAGGAUACGAAUUAGUGAAACAGCAACAGAUAAAAGUCAUAAUUUAAGUCCAACUGCUGGAUCAACUUCAUCGGACCUUAAUGGAAUGGCUGUAAGACAUGCUUGUGAACAAAUUCGUCAACGAUUAGAUACACUCAUUAUUGAUAAUAAUGUUCACAUCUCAUGGGAAGAUCUUAUAAAACAAGCUUAUUUUGCUCGUGUUGAUCUAUGUGCACGUGGAUUCUAUAUAACACCGAACAUGUUCGAUGCUGAUUUUACAAAAAAUCAAGCUAAUUACAAUUAUUUUACACAAGGUGCAGCAGUGACCGAAGUCGAACUAGAUGUAUUAACAGGAGAUUGGCAUCUUUUACGCGUUGAUAUACUCAUGGAUGUUGGUACAUCACUCAAUCCUCAUAUUGAUAUUGGUCAAAUCGAAGGUGGUUUUAUGCAAGGAAUCGGUUUGUAUACCAUGGAAGAACUCAUAUGGGGCGAUGAAAAAUUAAAUAAAUGGAUUCCACCAGGAGAAUUAUUCACUUGUGGAGUAAAUACUUAUAAAAUUCCAUCAUUUAGUGAUGUUCCUAUUGAUUUUCGUGUUUCACUAUUAUCUGAUUCAUUAAAUCCGCGAGCGAUCUAUUCGUCAAAAGGAAUUGGUGAACCACCAGUUUUACUUGCUGCUUCGGCUUUUUUUGCUUUAAAACAAGCAUGUAAAGCAUAUCGAGAACAGCAAGGUUUAUCAGAUUAUUUUACACUUCAUUCACCGGCAACUGUCGAACGACUUCGAAUGGUUUGCGUCGAUGAUUUUACUCAACGUGCCAGUGCUGAUGAGCAUGAAAUAUUUCAACCAACAGGUUCAUAUUGA